CAAUGUCAAUGUAGUGUAACUGUGUUAAGUGAUGUGUUGCAUGCACACUCUUUACAGGUGGAGAGACAGUUGCAUGAAGAUGAAGAAUUUGCCAGAACUCUGGCUAUGUUGGAUGAAAUACCAAAAAAGAAAAAGCCUCGAAAAGAUACAGAAGAGAAACAGACGGUAUCAACAACCAAAACUAGUCCAGAUGAAACACAAAAAAAUAAACAAGUUCACAAAGUGAAACAUACCAUUUCAACUCUUGAAUCAAGACCUUCUUCUACAAUGGAACAGAUUCACUUGGAUAGCACCAGAACAUUGACUCUUCAUCCAGAAUCCUCUGUUAGUAAAGAGAGAAAUGAUUUGGAGACCAAGAUGUUGGCCUCAAAGACAAGCUCAAAGUUAUCAGCACUGAAGCAAAAAGCAGAGAGUAUUAAAAUAGAAAAUGGGACUCGAAAAGGAGAAAGUACUAGUAAAGAAAGCAUGAUUCCAAAAGGAAAGACAAUUUCACCAAAAGAAGAGAAAACACCUAGAAAGGUUUCUCCCCAGAAAUCUAAG